AUGAUUGCACCUAACCGCUUAUACAUUGUCACGGGCGUGUUUCUGUUAGCCGUCAUUUCGUUGUACACACUGUUCAAGCAGGGCAAACUCAAGCCCGAACUCGAAAAGCUCAGAUUCGAUCUUCGUUGCAAAUGCUUCAAGUCAAUUUCCUUGACGGGAAGCGCACCAAACGCGACACUCAUACAAUCCAACGUGACUGCAAACUCCACAUUAUCGAGCCAUAUCUCUAUCAGACCUCACAAGAUCAUGCAAGUCAGCAUGUCAUUCCGAGCCAAACACUACGCCGACAAUAACGACAUCUACGAGCGUGCUCUGCAAACCCAUACAGCUUACGGUCAGAAAUGGGGCUAUCCAACACGUCACCUACAAAGCGAUCUGUGGGGCAAUGAGAUACUGAAGAAAAGCGUCUACAGCAAACUCCUCUACAUAUCCACGCUUAUGGCGACGGAGAUGGCCAAGCCAUCUGAUGAACGUAUCGAGUGGCUGGUCUGGUACGACGCAGACACCCUCCUCCUCAACCCUCAAGUCCCCUGGACGCUUUUUCUUCCCCCCACGACCGCCAUCGACGCCCCCCAUGCUCACAUCCACCUCCUCAUCACCAAAGACCGCGUGGGCUUCAACUCCGGCGUCUUCCUCAUGCGCGUCUCCCCUUGGUCUCUCAAAGUCCUCUCCAUGACCAUCGCCUACCCUUACCUCCUCCCCACCAAUUACACCAACAUCGGGGACUCCGACCAGACCAUCUUCGGCAAGGUCUUGGAUCGGCCUGAGAACAUGAUGCAUAGGAUCUAUCAGCCGAGAGGGUGGUGGAACGCUUACGAUGCGUAUGAGUACCCUGAGGAGGUUGUGAGGAAGGGGGUGCUGAAUCUGCAUUUUCCAGGCGGGGAUUAUAAUAGACUUACGAGGAUGGCCUCGUGGUUUAGAAAGAUGGAGGAGGGAGUGCUGGGGCUAGAGGUUCCGCUUGAAGAGACGGGUUAUGUUGGGGAGGUGGAGGCGUAUUGGGAGAGGGUGGGGAAUGCUACAACGGUGUUGAAGAGGGCGAGCGCGCUUGUCAAGCGAUUCUUAAGGGCGGAAAACCGGGAUUUGCCGGAGAGCGUGAGGGAGAUGAAGGUGGCUUAUAAGUCGUUGAAGGAGGUGAUCUAUGAUCGGGCUCAGGAUGAGGAACUGAUAGUUGGGGCGACGCAGAGGAUGGAGCGCGCAUUGAAAUCUGUGAGGAAGGAAGACGUGCAGGCUGCUGAAUUGAGGAUAUCACCAGCAGGGAAUAGUACGCUCAAUAAGGGAGAGGAGGGGGAUGAUGGACCGUGGUGGAUCGAGGUGGAAGAAUGGAUCAAGUCUCAAAGCGCUAAUACGACUUAUUCGUAUUCUUCUCAAUCUCCACCAACACUCAAUACGACUCAGAAGGUUGGUAUAGGCGUAGCGGCGUCGAUCGUCUCGACGGCGCUAUUGAUCUUUGUAUUGAGUUUCAUUUGGCGGAAGAAGCGUCGACAAAGGGCCAGGAAAGCAUCGGAAGAGGUGCUGGCCACAGCAAUUGAUCAAUCACCAUUUUAUCUCCAGCAAAAAGCUGAGCUGGAGGAUGAAGACAGGCGAAAGCACGAGCUUGAAGGAGAAGGUAAAAUGGUCGAAUUGGGCGGAGAGAGCACAGUGAAGCAUGAAAUGCCUGCAGCCAGUGACAUGAUUACGAUUACAGAGCCACUCUCGUCACAGUUUCGUCAAGAGUUGAUGAGUGAAGAGUUCGCGCAGGAAAUUGGCAGUCCUUGA